CAACAUUCGCAGUAGUUUGGUAUUAAACUUAUAAUUUCCGAAAUUUACCAAACGAAACAUUAAAAACACCAAAAGUCUACUUUUACCAAUCACUUCAAAAUAUUUGCACAAAUUGAAACAUAAUCCAUUUUGUUUGUUUUUCUUAACUUCCCACGAUAAUGUUGUUGAUUGGGAUAUGGAUCAGUUUGACGAAGAAACCGAUAAAUCCCAUUAUUGCGAAUCCAAUAGCGGUAGCAACCGCGAUCUUUUGGAAUUCCUUUCUGUCGGGCUUCGUACAUCUCUUUACAAGCCGAAUAGAAUCCUUUGCGAAUUGUUUCCCAGGUUCAACCCAUGCCAUUACUUGAUCCAUCUUUGAUUUCUUGUGUCGUGUCUUCGAGAUAGCAAAGCAAUAAUGAAGAUGCGACUUCGCGUUUUGUUUUGUGACGAAAUAGAAGUUGCUUGUACACGUAACACAAGCGGUUACGUCAUCAGCGCCGAAGCGUAACGAAUAUCGAUAUCCAUAGAAAUCGCAAUGACGUAAUAAAUCGAAUACAUUCUCAUCAAACCAACAUCGCUUGACAGAACCACAAAAUGGAGGCAAAGAAAGCAGCCUACUGCCAUGACCUUGAACUGAUAAAGCAGGGAGCUGAAGCCAAGGUUUACAAAGGAGAGUUUCUUGGGAGAAACUGCAUUGUGAAGGAGAGAUUUCCAAAGAAAUAUCGGCUUCCAGAAAUUGAUGAAAAAUUGACAAAAAAGAGGUUGACACAAGAAGUCCGAGCAUUACAGAGGUGUAGGAAGGCUGGGAUCGCUACUCCUGCUAUUUACUUCACUGAUUUAGUUGGGAGUGUUAUCUUCAUGGAAGAAAUACCUGGCUGUACGAUGAAGGAUUUCAUUUCUAAUAAUUCACAGAAAAAACUUUCUGAUGAAGUAGUUUGCGGUGUUGAAAAAAUUGGAGAAAUUCUUGCAAAGAUGCAUAAUGCAGAUAUCAUACAUGGAGACCUUACCACUUCAAAUAUGAUUUUGAAAACAUCCAAUCAAAAUGAUGGUCCCAUUAUUUACAUGAUUGACUUUGGGUUGAGUCAGUCUUCCUCUUUAGCAGAAGACAAAGGCGUUGAUCUUUAUGUUCUAGAGCGUGCGUUUUUAAGUUCCCAUCCCGAUUCUGAAGAUUUAUUUGAAAAACUUUUACAAUCUUAUAAAUCGUUUUCCAAAAAUUGUGAACCAGUUUUUAAAAAGUUUGAGGAAGUUAGAAUGAGGGGGCGGAAAAGAACAAUGAUUGGUUAGAUUAUUUUUGCUUGCUGUCUAUCAGCUGCUCUAUAUGUGUCGGACUUUUUGUGCUUCAAAUAUUUUGUAUUUUUAUGUCUUUUUGAAAUAUUUGGUUCAAAAUCAAAGUUAUUUUGACCACAAAAAGUUUUUUCUUCUCAAUCAUAUUUUCUUCAAUUGUCAGCAUGCAGUUUUAAAACUCAAUUAAAUGAUAAAAAAGUAGAAAAUAUUUUUUUACCUUUUUGUGUAAUAGUUCAAAACUCCCCAAUUAAAUUCAGAACAGCUUGAAUUAGAAAUAGCGAACAGCUUGAAAUAAAGAUUGGUUGAUUUA